AUGGUUACUUUCAUUCCUAGCUCUGAUUCGAAGCUGGUCCCGAAGCUUGUGGAGGCCUACUCUUUGUCUUCAUGUGCGUGCCGCCAGUUUCCGAUUUGUAGUCGUGCGUUUAUGAAGCUAGAAUCUAUCGUAGAUCCAUUGUCAGAUGAAAGAAGGAGGUACCAAACGCUUGCUCUACAACUAUUCCGCAGGUUUCUUCCAACAGAAGGACAACCGAACAUUGUCAACUGUACAGGGUGUGGUGAAAAUGUGGCGGAUUUCGAACAUAUCUGUGCUCACUGUAACGCAAAGAUCUUUAGUGGCCGUUUCCGAUUCAAGCGUACGUGUGUUGUGGAUAUCGACCUCGCUCUGGUUGCCCGACUGACUGGAAUGAUUAAGCACUGCGUGACGCUCUCAGAGAUAAGCCCAAUGCCACCACAAGUGAAGUGCCAACUACACUUGGGUGCUGCCGUACAAUAUUCGUCAGACGUCUUCAAACUUUGA